AUGUGCUUCCCACAGGAUCAAGUCCAUCGCCAAUCUUUGGAGGACCCAGAGUCGUUUUGGGCGCAGCAAGCAGAACGUGUCUAUUGGCACCGGAAGCCAACUUCAGUCCUCAAGAAGUCAAAUAAGACCUUGAAGAGCGGCGUGGAGCAUCCCUACUGGAGUUGGUUCGACGGGGGCGAGAUCUCAACAUGCUAUAAUUGUGUUGAUCGGCACGUUCUGGCAGGAAAUGGGGACCGUCCCGCCAUUUUCUAUGAUAGUCCCGUCACGAAGACGAAACGGACGAUCACUUACAGCCAAUUACUUCGUGAGGUGGAGACCUUUGCGGCUGUUUUGAGAGACGAGGGUGUGAAAAGGGGCGACGUAGUGUUGGUCUACAUGCCCAUGAUACCUGAGGCCUUGAUAGGUAUCCUCGCCACCAAUCGACUCGGGGCUAUCCAUACAGUAGUAUUUGGCGGUUUUGCAGCGAACGCUUUAGCCCAACGAAUUGCGGCUGCAAAACCUGUUGUCAUCCUCACUGCUUCUUGCGGCAUCGAAGGGGAGAAACCUCCAAUAGGCUACAGACCCUUCAUCAAAGAGGCCAUUGAGGUAUCGGGGCACAGUCCUGGACGCGUUUUGGUAUGUCAGAGGGAACAAUUGACCUGGCCACUCGACGAGACUCAUGGCGAACGGGAUUGGUUCGAGUUGGCUCGCAAAGCUCGAGCGAGUGGUAUCAAGGCGGACUGUGUGCCUGUGGACUCAAAUGACGCAGUCUACAUCAUAUAUACGAGCGGCACGACGGGAUCUCCGAAAGGAGUUGUCCGAGAUGCCGGAGGGCAUGCUGUUGGUCUGCAAUUCUCGAUACGUUAUACCUUUGGCAUUCACGGGCCGGGGGACGUAAUGUUCGCAGCUAGUGAUAUCGGCUGGAUUGUCGGACAUUCGUACAUCAUCUAUGGACCGUUUCUCACUGGAGCGGCAACAGUUUUAUACGAGGGAAAGCCAGUUGGAACUCCCGACAGCUCGAGUAUAUGGCGCAUCAUCCAGGAUUACAAGGUCAAUAGUGCCUUUCUGGCACCAACUGCUUUGAGAGCCAUCAAAGGAGACGAUCCGGAGAAUCGACACUUGAAAAGAAUUGGCAGCGCGGGGUCCCUGACGUCUCUGAGGGCGCUAUUCCUAGGGGGCGAGAGAUCAGAGGUGUCCCUCGUUACGGUGUACCAGCAGUUUCUACGACAAUAUGGGUCCCCGGGAGCCAUAAUCAACGACAACUGGUGGUCGAGUGAAACAGGUUCUCCUAUCUCCGCCAUUAGUCUCUCACCAGAAGCAGCAGCUAGCAGCAAGAGAUCGGAUCGGAACCAUUUGCCGCUGGUCAAUGUCAAGCCUGGAACUGCCGGAAAACUGAUGCCGGGCUUCGACAUCAGAGUGGUGGACGACCAAGGGCAGGAACUUAGAAGAGGUGAGGUUGGCAAUAUCGUCUUGUCGAUUCCCUUACCGCCCGCUGGGUUCCGAACUCUUUGGGGAGAUGAACAGAGGUUCUAUAAGGGGUAUCUCAAACGGUUUGGCAAAUGGAUGGAUACAGGAGAUACCGGCACCAUCCACGAAGAUGGUUAUGUCAGCGUACUGAGCAGAAGCGAUGAUGUGAUCAACACUGCAGGCCAUCGUUUGUCAACCAGCAUCAUUGAACAAGCGAUUACGAGUCACCCACUUGUUGCAGAGGCAAUCGUCGUGGGGAUACCAGAUGCGCUUAAGGGACAACUCCCGUUUGCCUUUGUCACUCUGUCAACCCCUGAUCAUCCUCCCUCUGCCAUACCAGAUCAAAGGCUCAUCAAUGGCAUCCAAAAGCGAGUCCGCGAACAAGUAGGUGGCAUUGCGACACUUGGUGGUAUAAUCCAAGGGAAAGGAAUCAUACCUAAAACUCGAUCGGGGAAGACACUAAGAAGGGUCCUCAAAGAAUUGAUAGAGAACGCAGUUCACAAGGAGUUUGAGAAGGACAUUUUAUGGCCCGCAACGAUUGAAGAUAUCACCACGGUUGAAGCUGCCAGGGGCAAAAUCGCGGAAUAUUUCAAGACGAAGGGGGGCAGGCACAAAGCAAUCGAGGAUCGACCCAGGUUAUAA